GGUGAGAGGUCUAUGAAACAAUUAACAAAAAGUUGAAAAAAGUUUUCAUCUUUUUAUUUUCCCACAAAAUUAUAAAAAGAUGGAGAGUAAAGGGAAUAGAAAAGCUUUUCCCUUUAAGUGAUGAAAAAAAGAUAGAUUUCAGAAAAACAAAGCCCUUUGUUUCUCUCUCUUAACUCAUCUUACUUUUCUUCUUCUAUUAGUAAAGAUGUAAAACACGAUACUCUCUCCACCAAAUAAAUAAGGAAACCAAAAAAAAAAACAAACAAUUUCUCCUUCUUGCUCUACAUGAAAAACAAAAGAUUCCUCAAUUUUGUUCUUAUUUUUCGUUAGUCACAGUACCCUCUCUACACACUUCCACUAUAAACCAACACUGUCAAAAACAGCAAAAAGAAGAGAUUAUAAAAAAACAUCAUCCGAUGAUAGACUACGAGAGAAGCAAUAACACCAAAAACAUCAACCAUCAUCGGAAUCCUCCUCCGUCUUCAUCUUCCUCCGAUCUUCUUCCCGACGGUAAUGGAGCCGCCGUGACCCAGAAGAGGAAACGCCGACCCGCCGGUACACCAGAUCCGGAGGCGGAAGUGGUAUCUUUAUCUCCAAGAACGUUACUAGAAUCGGAUCGGUACGUGUGUGAGAUCUGUAACCAAGGGUUUCAGAGAGACCAGAAUCUACAGAUGCACAGGAGACGUCAUAAAGUUCCAUGGAAGCUUCUUAAAAGAGAGACCAACGAGGAAGUGAAGAAGAGAGUCUAUGUCUGUCCAGAGCCGACGUGUCUCCACCACAACCCUUGUCAUGCCCUCGGAGAUCUCGUGGGAAUCAAGAAACACUUUCGAAGGAAACACAGUAACCACAAGCAAUGGAUCUGCGAGAGAUGCUCAAAAGGCUACGCUGUUCAAUCUGAUUACAAAGCUCAUCUCAAAACCUGUGGCACUCGUGGCCAUUCUUGCGAUUGCGGCCGCGUUUUCUCCAGAGUGGAGAGUUUCAUAGAGCACCAAGACAAUUGCACCAUGCGCCGAUCUCAACCCUCUAGCCACCGUUUACAGCAACAACAACAACAACAAAAUACCGCAAACGCCACACAAACCGCUUCCACCGUCGAAAACGCAGACCUCUCGGGUGGUCCUAUAUUGCGUGGACAUCCUUUGCUAAGACAAUCCCCACCGUCUGAUCAACAACCAUCUGAUUUGCUAUAUCCUUUCGUUGGCUCAUGCGCUACUACUGGUAGUAGCAUCGAGCUUCAGCUACUUCCAUCGCGGAAUAGUGCUGAUGAGACCAGCCUUAGUUUGUCUAUAGGGAUGGAGACGACAAUGUCAAGCUACGAGAAAGGAGAGACGAGCUUAUUAUUUGGACAAAGAGAAGAGGCGAGAAGAGAAGCCAAGAGGCAAUUAGAGAUUGCGGAAUUAGAGUUUGCUGAAGCCAAGAGGAUAAGGCAACAUGCCAAGGCUGAGCUCCACAAAGCUCAGGUUUUUAGAGAAGAAGCAAGUAGGAGGAUUAGUGCAACGAUGAUGCAAAUCACUUGCCAUAAUUGUAAGCAACACUUUCAAGCUAGUGCUGCUUCAGCUCCUCCUCUUCCUCCUAUUACUCAGCCGCCUUGUACCGAUGAGAGUACCUCUCUUGCCGUGAGCUAUGUGUCUUCAGCGACUACUGAAGGUGAAAAAGCGAGUGAUAGAGCAUCGUCAUAGACCUUGAUGAAAAGAGACACAAAAGAAACAAAGAUUCUUCCUUUUUUUGUUCUUUGAUUGAAAUUGAAGAUGAUCUUUUGGUAUUCUUUGGGGUUUUCUUUUGUUUUUUAUAUAUAUUCUUGGUUUGUUUUUUUUUUUUUCAAAAACAUAAACCGAAGAAGAAAGGUUUAAUUUGUUAUAUGAAAUAUGGGGUUGGGUC